GAGUUGAGCUCGAUCAGAGUUGAGGAGUUCUAAUUUGAGCUGUGCGGAAGUGUUUAAUAUAAUUUUUUGUGCUUUUAUAUAAAAGUAAUAUUUUUUUGUGUUAAACAGUGAUUUUUGUGUGAUAUUAAGGAUACAAAAUAAGUGAAAAUGACAUCAUAUACUGACAAAGGACCCAAGCCACAAUUCGGUAAAUUUCUGAGUUUCGAUCAUUUAACCUUCUACGUGGGCAAUGCCAAACAGGCGGCCAGCUUCUACACAUCACGUUUCGGUUUCACGCAUGUCGGCUACCGCGGCUUGGAGACAGGACAUCGUCGCCUAGCCAAACAUGCGGUCAAACAGAAUCGCAUCAUCUUCGUUUUUGUAUCGGCCUACAAUGCGGAUGUUGUUGAGCAUGGUGAGCAUUUAAUGAAACAUGGUGAUGGUGUAAAGGAUGUGGCUUUUGAGGUAGAAAAUUUGGAAGCGAUCUUUAAGUACGCCAAGGAACGUGGUGCUGAAGUUGUGCGUGAGAUUUGGGAGGAGAAGGAUGAGUACGGUGUGGUGCGCUUUGCUACCAUAAAAACGUACGGUGACACCACACACACCUUUGUCGAUCGCACUAAAUAUAAUGGUAAAUUUUUACCCGGCUUCAUAACACCACCCGUCGACAAUCUGCUACAAGGUUUACCACCCACAAAACUCGAUUUCAUCGAUCACGUUGUGGGCAAUCAACCCGACUUGCAAAUGGAGAGUGUGGCCGCUUGGUACGAACGUGUGUUGCAAUUUCAUCGUUUCUGGUCGGUUGACGACUCGCAAAUACACACGGACUACUCGGCCUUGCGUUCCAUUGUAAUGGCCAAUUAUGAGGAGAAUGUUAAGAUGCCGAUCAAUGAGCCGGCGCAGGGCAAGAAGAAGUCACAGAUUCAAGAGUAUGUGGAGUACUAUGGCGGCGCUGGUGUGCAACAUAUUGCGCUCAAUACCAGCGAUAUUAUAACGGCAGUGCGUAAUUUACGCGCGCGUGGUUUGGAAUUCCUCACAAUUCCCAGUUCAUAUUAUGAUAUUUUAGAGGAGAACUUGAAGAGCAGUCGCACCAAAAUCAAGGAGGACAUGCAACUGCUUAAGGAAUUGAAUAUUUUAAUCGAUUACGAUGAGGAUGGUUAUCUGUUGCAAAUAUUCUCAAAGAAUCUGCAAGAUAGACCGACGCUCUUCAUUGAAGUCAUACAGCGACACAAUCACAAUGGUUUCGGUGCCGGCAAUUUCAAGUCCCUCUUCACCGCUAUUGAAAUCGAGCAAGCAAGACGUGGAAACUUAUAAAACUUAAAAACAAAUGUCAUGCCCUAAAAACAAAAACAUUUAAAACAUAAAUAAUUAUAAACGUAGUUAAAUUUUCUAUACAUAUAUUUUAAGUCCAUUAAUAAUACAAUAAUAAAAAUUAAUAUAAAAAAUA